AUGGAGGCGGUGUGGCGGCGGAGCCGCGCGCCUGGUGCUAGUGCUGCGCUGGCGCUGGGUGCUGGGCCUGGUGCUCCUCAGCGAGGGUGGAGCGCGAGGCGCGGUGCGUGGCGCGCCUGGCCGUGGCGCAGGGCCUCGGCCCACGCCGGGGUGACGGCGGCGGCGCGGCGGCGGGCGGGGUGCGUCGUGCAGGGCGGCGUCCGCGCGCGGCGAGUGGGACGCCGCCCUCCGCCCGGGGCCCGGCCCCGUUGGGCCCCGCCGGCGGGGAAGCCGGGGGGCCGUGUCGUACCGGCGCGUGGCACCUGCCACAGCCUGACCCAGACGAGUCGAACCCGGGCCCGCAGUUGCGCAGCCACCAGCGGAGAGCCCUGGCCGCAGGUGCAGCACCGCGUCAAGUACGGCGGCUUCGUCGUGCUGCGGCCGUCGGCCUUCAAGUUCAAGAGACCAAGACCUCGCUUUGUUCGCAAUUCUGCACACACUCAAAAGAAGUGGAAGGUCGUAGAGGUCUAA